AUGUCAACCUUUAAUAUUUCUAUCAAGAACGCGGGGAAAUUGUAUGAUAUUGAGCUUGAAUCAAAUGCUACUGGAUUAAAGUUCAAAGAAAAGAUACACGAAUUGACAAAUAUUCCUACCGAAAGACAAAAGAUUUUGAUAAAAGGAGGUAAAUUAAAUGAUGAUGUUACGGUGUCAUCGUUAAAUUUAAAUUUGAAACAACCGAUUAUGGUUUUGGGAACUCCGGACAAGGGAUUGCCAUCUAAGCCAGCAGAAAAGCAUGUAUUCAUAGAAGAUUUGAACCAGAAUCAGUUAACUAAGGUUGGAAUGGAACCAUCUGGGUUAGUAAACUUAGGUAAUACUUGUUACUUGAACUCAUCUUUGCAAACUUUAUUCCAAAUCAACGAAGUGACUGACAAAUUAACUAAAUUUGAAUCAUCAAAUGCGAUCAACAGAAAUCCUACUGAGUCAUUGACGGUUUCAUUAAAAGGAGUUUUUCAGCAAAUGUUGAAGAAACAUGAAAGUGUUAAUCCAAUGUUAUUCUUGACUCUUUUUAGAAAUGUGUACCCCCAAUUUGCGGAACAAGAAAGAGGUUUUUUUAAGCAACAAGAUGCAGAGGAGGCAUUUUCCCAAAUAUUAAAUGCGUUGAAUCAAACAUUAAAGGUCGGUGAUCUUUUCAGAUUAUCUUUCAAGACGGAACAGAAAUGCUUAGCAUUACCAGAAGAAGCUCCUAAGGUUGACUACGAAGACGCUUUUAAACUCAACUGUCAUAUAAAUAUUAAAACAAAUUUCUUGAAAGAUGGGAUUUUAGAUGGUUUAAAGGAAUCUAUAGAAAAGUAUAAUGAUACAUUACAAUCUAACACGGAGUAUGAAUUAAAGAGAACUAUAACUAGGUUACCAAAAUUCUUGACGGUUCAUUUCGUUAGGUUUUUCUGGAGGAGAGAUACACAAAAAAAAUCGAAAAUUUUAAGAAGGGUUCAAUUUCCAUUUGAGUUAGAUGUAGCUGAUAUGUUAGAUGAAUCAAUUAAAGAGGAAAAAGUGUCUAUAAGAGACAAAAUCAGAAAAGUUGAAAAGGAGAACUUAGACAUGAUUCGUGACUUCAAGAAGUCUAAAAGCGAGUCUACAUUGAACCCAAUCGAGCAACAAGAAGAGGAAAACAUGAAGUUGCUUUCAAUUAAGUCCAAAUUUAAUGAUGAUUUGAAGCAAGUAUUACCUUCGAACAUCAACUUGGAGGAAACAACCGAAAACCCAUCUUCAGUUUACGAACUUAGUGCUAUCAUUACACACAGUGGUUCAUCAGCUGAUUCGGGUCAUUAUCAAUCGUUUGUUAAAGAUCAGAGUGAUUUGGAUGGAAAUAAGUGGUGGAGAUUUAAUGAUGACAAGGUGAGCUCAGUUACUAGAGAAAAAAUCGAAACGUUAGCCGGUGGCGGGGAAAGUGAUAGUGCUUUGAUUUUAGUAUACAAGGGCACAGGAUUAUAA